AUCCUCCUCCGGUUUCAGUUUGUUUAUUUUUUAUUUUAUCAGUCGAAAAUUUACAAAAUCUGUUGAAAACUGGAACAAAUUUGCUGGCGGCUCGAAAAUGACGGAGAAUUUGCAAGACUGCCUAACCUGUCGUAGAAAAACGGAAAACUUUCUAGGGAUAGGUGACGAAUCGAACGGAGAAAGUGUCGAGGCAAUUCUUACUAAACACUUUUGGUUUAAGGCCAUCGAGUACCGGAAUCGGGUACUGUGUACAAGCUGUUGGGAAAAAAUCGACGAAUUUCACAAAUUUUACUGCGAAGUUGAGGAAAUAUGGUGUCGGAAGACGGAUUGUUUACUAGAAACCAUGGUAAAAACGGAACAACUUUUCGACGCGAAUGAAGUCCAGCAGGAAUUGUUUGCCUGCGAAUUGGUGAAAGAGGAGGAACGACCCACGAAAGGUAAACCCCAGCAAAUCGUUACAACUGGUUGUGUUGAAUCGGACACGGAAUCAAAUGAACUGGACCGGGAUGCCGGUGAUGAUGACGAUGAUUCUAGUGAUGAUUCCUUGAUCAAGGAGGAAAAAGAGAAUUCAGAAGUAAAAGGUGAGGAAUAUACAACUGAAGAUUCCGCUGAGGAAUCAUCGAUUCCUAUAGGGAAGCGACGCAGAUCAACGACAAAUCCGGCAGAGCCGGCUUGUAAGAAGCGGCAUGUUCCUUCCCAGAAAAAAACGAAUCUUGAACGUAAUGGACUAAUAGCAAAGCACGUACAACUGGUUUGUGAUCUGUGCGAACAAGAAUGCGAGACAUUUUCCCGUUUAUUGCUGCACUACAAAAAAGCGCACAAAAUUCAAGGCUACGUAACGUGUUGCGAUCGUACAUUCCAGAAAAAAUCCGCACUGUACGAUCACUUGCGGCGACACGAAGCCGGUACACCCGAUUACUCAGAGCCGCACUUGCGGUGCGAUUUAUGUGACUCCUCAAAGGCCUUCAAAGACGAGGAGGGACUUCAGCUGCACAAAGUUAUAUGCCACUCCAAGCAGGAGGAGAAAAUUUAUAAAUGCAAUCAGUGUGACAAAGCUUUCGGCAGCGAAUGGUUGCUGUCCGGGCACCGGAACUGGCAUCAGAAUGUCGAAAGUUUGAACAUUCGUUGCGACAAGUGCAAUAAGUAUUUCAAUUCGAUCCGUACUUUAAACACCCACGUCCGAGCGCAUCAUGCUGAUCCAGCUUCGAACUGUCUUGUCAAUCAUGCAAAUAAUCCGGUAGAGUUGAAUCCAACGGACAGUCUAGCAAACAAUUCCGAGCAUGUGUCACUAGCAGGAAAUCCCCUUACAGGCCUGCCGGAUGUGCAGAAACCAAGUGUAACAUCGGCUCCACCCAAAAAAGCUCUCAAGUCUGCCGAUGAGGUUGCGAAGGAGGACCAACUGAUUCGCCAGUUCUGUACGCUGAUAUGUGAAAAAUGUGAGUACGCCGGCGAGAAUUACUAUCAGCUGGAAAAACACUACAAAACUGCGCAUAACAUGCGUGGUUACGCCAUUUGUUGUGGUCGCAAGUUUUGCAAAAAACGUCGACUGUACGAGCAUUGCCAGCGGCAUAUAAAUCCGGACAUGUUUCGGUGUGAGCCAUGCAACAAAUCAUUCACUGAAAGUGACGGUCUGGAGAAACACAACAAGUGGGUUCACACACCCGACUCGGAAAAGCCGUUUAAGUGUGAAAUUUGUGAUGCGGCUUUCUACAAAGAUUAUCUGCUGCGUAAUCAUAUGAAGUAUCAUAUUUCGAUGGAGCAAAAAAUCUUCAGCUGUAAAGAUUGCGACAAAUCGUUUGGAACAGCCGUGCUACUGAGAGCUCACCAGCAGAACAUCCACGGAGCCGCCUCAAGUUGGGUGUGUGAUAUUUGCGCUAAAGGAUUCGUGCACAAAUCGUUGCUGGAAACACAUCGCCUCUCCCAUUCGGCUGAAGGUGCUGCCAGUCUGAAGAAGCAGUGUGAAAACUGCAAGAAGUGGCUCAAGAAUAAAGAUACAUACCAGAAUCACCUGAAGCGCUGCUUGGCCGGUGGUCCAGUUACGUGUGAUAUUUGCGGGAAGGAGGCAGUCAACGAACUGGCGCUGGCUAGUCACAAACGCUUCAACCACGAGGAACGCCCUGGUUUCGCCUGCAGCUACUGUGGCAAACAGUUCAAGCGAAUACUGCGCCUGAAGGAGCACGAGGCAAACCACAGGGGCGAGGUGCUAUACUCCUGUCCGUACUGUCCGCGUACUUGCAAUUCUAGCUCCAACAUGUACACCCACAAAAAGGUCGCCCACCCGGAGCUAUGGGCAGCUAAGGUGGCGGAGCGUUUCUACAAGCGGUAGGCGGAUUGUAGGAUAUGGUAAUACAUCACAUGUUAGAAAAUAA